AUGAAUAAAUACUUCUUUCUGAUUUUUCUUGUUUCAAGCGUUCAAUCAAGACUUCACUGUUAUGAUGGCGCUAUGAAUGACGUUGAAUGCGAACCAGAUCAACUGUGGUGUUUGAAGCUAACGAACUCGUCUGGAGUCUAUCGCGGAUGCACCGACGUAUCAGAGUUUUGUUAUGCUCCUGAAGCUGGAUGUUAUAAACCGGGUAAAGGAUCUGGAGAAGAUUAUUGCUGUUGCCAGAACAAGAAUCUUUGUAACAGUUCAUCGUCAUUAAACUAUUUCGGUAUAUGCUUUACAUUAUUUUUAUUGAAAUUGGUGGUGAGUUAA